UUGUUUGCGGUGAUGUUCAGGAAGAGAAAUCUUGACACACCAGUAGUACCGCACUGAGGUCAAAUGUGUCCCGUCUAAUGUAACAUGUCCAGUUUUAGCAGAUCUGCCCAGCAAUGGGCGACGUUUGCAAGGUCUUGGUUCUUGAUCGAUGCCCGAUUGCAGCCGCCAGGGAAAAUCGCUGUCAUGUGCUCAGUGCGGCUUCAGGGGAAACACAAGCCGAUCUACCAUGCACUAAGUGACGUCGGCGAUCACGUGGUGGUCAUGAACACCAGACACAUAGCGUUCUCAGGAAAUAAAUGGGAACAGAAGGUGUACUCGUCACACACUGGAUACCCAGGUGGCUUCAAGCAGCUCACAGCAGCCCAGAUGCACCAGAAAGACCCCACGGCGAUCAUAAAACUAGCUGUGUAUGGCAUGCUCCCCAAAAACCUCAUGCGGAGGACCAUGAUGCAACGGCUGCAUCUGUUCACCGACGACGUUCUUCCAGACGACAUCCUGAUGAACCUGACUGAAGAGCUGCCACAGCCCCGAACCAUUCCACGCAAACUCAGCGAGUACACACAAGCAGAGCGUGACGCCUUUCCCCAACUCUGGACGCCGCCAGAAGACUACAGAAUGAAGUGACCUCAUCACAGAUUCAGUAUUCGUCUACAUGUUUGAUUGAGUUAUUAUUAUUUUUUCAUACUCUUGUCUAUAUGAAAUAAAGUACCUUUAAAAUGUCUUGA